GAGCCGCCAGCGGGGUGGGGCCCGGGCGAGCGCCGCCGACCUCGGCCGCGCGUAUCCCCGCGCCGUUUGCGCUUACCGGCCCGGGGCGGGAGGGGUCUCCAGCCGCUGCCCGGAUGGGGAUGUGUUUUCCCUGUCCCGGGGAGUCCGCGCCCCCCUCGCCAAACCUGGAAGAAAAAAGAGCAAAGCUUGCAGAAGCUGCAGAGAGAAGACAGAAGGAGGCUGCAUCUCGGGGCAUUUUGAAUGUUCAGUCUGUGGAAGAAAAGAGAAAGAAAAAAGAAAAAAUAGAAAAGCAAAUAGCUACAUCUGGGCCUCCACCAGAAGGUGGACUUAGAUGGACAGUUUCAUAAAGGAUAAUAGGAGUGAGAGUCUACUGCCAGUAACUAACAUCUGCAAUCAAGUGGACGUCCUCUAUUUAAUUUCUUCUUUUUGAAUAAAUGAAGAUUCAGGCUUUGUAAUUUUAGUGCCCUUAAAUGCAAUGCUUUUUCAGUAUUGAAAUAUUGAAAAUGAUUUCAAUAUUGAUUUUCAGACUUGGAAAAUGGCCAGAGCUUUCAUUGAAUACUUAUUUUCCUACAUUUGCUGUUCUGCUGGUGGUGGGUAAUUUGCCAUUUUUAGUCGUGAAAUCUAAAAGGUGAAUAUAUAUACGUCACAUGUAAAGAGUCCACGUACAUCUCAAAUAUUAAAAUUUGCAGUUUUAUUUUUCCUCCUUCAUAAAAA